AAAUAAUAUCCCAUUGCCUAUAUAGUUAAGCAAGGGAGUGAGCCAAAUAUUAUAAUUACGCAGAAUUCUAAAAAAUUAAACCAGUGUUUUGAAUUGUGAUUAAUCUAAGGCAAAGAUGGGGAGAGUACCAGUGGUAAACGAAAACUAUUGCAGGGUCAUUGAGGCUGCUCGUAGAGACCUGCGUUCUGUCAUCCAAAACAAUAAGAACGCAGCACCUAUUCUCCUCCGCUUAUCAUUUCAUGAUGCAGGAAACUAUGAUGCUAGAGCAAAGCGCGGAGGUGCAAAUGGUUCAGUUAGGUUUACUCAAGAGUUGAACCGUCCCGUCAACAAGGGAAUGGAAAACGCUAUUAGACUUUGUGAACCAGUAAAGCGCAGACACCCUGAUAUUACAUAUGCUGACCUUUAUCAGCUUGCGGGAAUUGUUGCAGUUGAGGUAACUGGAGGUCCUGCUAUUGAAUUUGUUCCAGGUCGAGCUGAUAUCGAUUCACCCGAUGCAGACGGAAUUCCGAACCCUAGAGGAGGAGUGGAUCAUCUGAGAACAACAUUCUACCGAAUGGGCCUCAAUGACAAAGAUAUCGUGGUACUUUCAGGGGCCCAUGCACUGGGUGGAGCACAUAAGGACAGAUCAGGCUUUGAUGGCAAUUUCACCCAAAAUCCUCUCAAGUUUGAUAACUCCUACUUUGUGGAGCUGCUAAGGGGUGAUACUCCAGGAUUGGUGAAACUACCCACAGAUAAGGCUCUCUUAAAUGAUUCCGUCUUCCGUCGCUUUGUUGAACUUUACGCUAGGGAUCAAAGAGCAUUUUUCAGAGAUUACGCAGAAUCACACAAGAAGCUAUCAGAGCUAGGGUUCAAUCAUCAAGAAUCGGACUUAUAUGAAGAUGACAGCUGCGACGAGUCGGUUGGUUGUGCGCAGUCCUAUGCAGUUGAAGAUGGCUGCUGUCCUGCGCAGUUUGGGUAUGCUCGACCCUAUGCUGUUGGAAAUGGCUGUCCAGCUAACUAUUACUAAAAUGAGUCACUAUAUCUAUAUAUAUGUGAUUGUAAACUAUAACAGUUUUUAUGUGUGCUAUGAUGUGCUCAUAUUACAAUUUCUUGGGGUUAAAUAUAAUUACCCCAAGAUAUAAUGUUUUACGUUAUGUGUGGAAUAUGUAAUAACAAUAAUAACUGGCUGGUGGAAAUGGGGCAUUUCUACUUGGCUCGA